UCCUGCCUAUUCAAUACUUAAUUUUCCUCCAUUGUUCUCAUAGACAAAGCAGGUAAAAAAAUAGAUUCAAUUUUUAAAGAACUGUUUCUCAUGCUCUUACAUAACAAACAGUGCAUAAACUUUACCCCCCUGCUCAGAAACAAGGCUUUUCUUUAUCCAACCAACGUCACAGAAGUCAAGGCAUGUGUCAGCAAAGCUUUGCUGAACACUCUUGCCUUUGUGCUGGAUUUGUAGGCUGAAAAAAAGCCCCGUCAUGUUUCGUGAUUCAUCAUCGGCGCGAAGCCUUGAUUCUUGCAUGUCAAACAUGAGACGUUCCCACCCGCCUGCACACACUCGCAUGAAUGAGCGCAUUGUUGCAGAGCGUUGUACCGCGAGAGCUGAUUGCUGAAUCACAUGCAGCGAAGAGAAGCCGGCAGCACGGCUAUGGAAGAAGCGUGAGGUGGAAGGAAAGGAGAAGAUGAAGGAUGCGGAAGACGGUAUGAGUCGAACCAAAUCAGGCUCCAGUUAGAGGAAAGGCGGCUGCAGAACAUGGACACAAGGGUGGAGAUGAGGGCCGCCUUUUGGACGAGCUUGAACUUCUCUGAAGUGACUGAAAACAUUAAAACCAGCAGGAUGCAUCUAGUUGUGAAGUCUUCACAUGGAUCCAUAUUCAAAGAGCUGCCUCACCUUGUGGAGAAAGCUUCUGUGACUCGGAGGGAGAUUUGUCUCAUCAUCAGUGAAAGCUUCUUCAUGGUCAAAGGAGCUGCCCUCUUUCUCCAGCAGGGCAGCAACACACAGGGACCAAAGACUCCGACGCACCACAAACAUGCAGGUGACUUACCUCAACAUCUGCAAGUCAUGUUCAAGAUCCUGCGGUCUGAAGAUCGCAUCAAGCUGGCUGUGCGUUUGGAAAGCGGAUGGUCAGAGCGCGUGCGUUACAUGGUUGUUAUCUACACUAACGGCCAUCAAGACACGGAAGAAAACAUUGUUUUGGGAAUGGAUUUUCCAGACAAGGACAGUAAAAACUGCUCCAUUGGGAUGGUCCUGCCUCUGUGGAGUGAUACCAACAUUCAUCUAGACGGAGAUGGAGGCUUCAGCGUGAACACAGCAGGCCGGUCACAUGUCUUCAAACCUGUUUCUGUGCAGGCUAUGUGGUCUGCCCUGCAGGUUCUCCAUAAGGCAUGUGAGGUGUCCCGCCGGUUCAACUACUUCCCAGGGGGCAUUUCUCUUACGUGGAUGGCGUUCUAUGAGAGCUGCAUCACCUCAGAGCAAAGCUUCAUCAAUGAGUGGAACGCAAUGACUGACCUGGAGACCACCCGGUCCGAUUCCCCCAACAUGUUCGUUGAUGGACCGACAGAGCGAGAAAGAACAGAGUGUCUUAUUAAGUCCAAGCUUCGCAACAUCAUGAUGUUUCAAGACUUGGAGAACAUCACGUCAAAGGAGAUCCGUAAUGAGCUGGAGCAGCACAUGAGCUGCAACCUCAAGGAGUACAAGGAGUUCAUCGACAACGAGAUGCUCCUGAUCCUGGGUCAGAUGGAUAAAGCCACACUCAUCUUUGACCACGUUUAUUUGGGUUCUGAGUGGAACGCCUCCAACCUUGAAGAACUACAAAACUGCGGAGUCGGUUACAUUCUGAACGUUACCAGAGAGAUUGACAACUUCUUCCCAGGGAUGUUUUCCUAUCACAACGUCCGCGUGCACGACGAGGACGCCACUGACCUGCUGGCCCACUGGAACGAUACCUACAACUUUAUUGUCAAAGCCAAGAAGAAUAACUCAAAGUGCCUGGUGCACUGCAAGAUGGGUGUGAGCCGCUCUGCCUCCACAGUUAUCGCCUACGCCAUGAAGGAAUACGGCUGGUCUCUGGAGAAAGCGUACAACUGCAUCAAGCAGAAGAGGAGCAUAGCUCAGCCAAAUGCUGGUUUCAUGCGGCAGCUGGCAGAGUAUGAGGGAAUCCUCGACGCCAGUAAACAACGUCACAACAAGCUGUGGCGGCCUGACACAGACGAGGAAGGUUCAGACGAUCUGCAAGCGUCGGGUCACAGUACAGGUGGAGAGGAGACGCCGGUUCUCAGAGGGGAAGAGGCCUGGGGAGGCUGCGGGGCGUCACCAUGCAGGGGUCUGGAGAUGGAACCUUUAGACUCUCUCAACUAUAACUAUUACUUCAGACGUUUAUCGGACUCUGCACUCGACAGCGAGCCAUCCACACCGGUGCGGGGACCUCCUCUGUUAGGCAUGGAGAGAGUUUUUAUCGAAAUAGAGGAUGUGGAGAGAGAUGCCCUGCUGGAGGACGAGGGUUUCCCCAUGGCCCACCUAACUCUGCCCGGCGAGGGCACCGCUGCUCAGACAUGCAGCCGCCUCGACCCAAUGGAGGACAUGAGACUGAGGCUGGAAUUCAGCACCCUGGAGGAAGAGGACGAGGAAGAGGCCAAGAAGGAGGAAGAAGAGAUGGCGGCCUUGGCUCAGACACCCGGGAGUUCGGGUGGGAGGAAGACAGGAGAGGAAGCUGAGGGGAAUGAGGAGAGCCAGCUGGGUUUAGCCAACCUGAACACCAACAACAGCAACCGCCUGGCUGCCAAGCGUAGCUGUCCUGCAGCUUUUGAUGACAGUGCCAGCGCAGGAAACCCAUUAAAAGUGAAGCCUUCCUAUCAGUCCUGUAAAGACUGCAUGCGUCUACCACAAGGGCGGCGCUGCGACCGUCCAGCAGGAGGCCGUUCACACCGCCUUAACCCCUCCCGCCACUGCACCGUACCCUCCAUAUGCAUAGAUCCUCCUGGGACGCACUUUACUUCAACCCCGGUUCUGUCAACCCCGACGGUCAUUCCGUCUAACUUGGUCCAGCCCUGCACUAACUUCUACCAAUGUUCCAGCUGCACGCUCGGUAGCACAUCCGCUCCUGAAGCCAACCAUCAAAAACUUUUCUCACCCAUGAACUGUGAGGAAACGCCUCCGGACGGCAGCUCGGUGGAGACCGAGGACAUGGAGGAGCCGCAGAACGAGGUCACGAGGCAGAGUAACGAGGCCAUCGAUGUGACUGAAGCCGACGGGCUCAAAUUUGGUGCUGAGAUUGCAAGCUUCCAGUAGGUCCUCCGCCUUAGACCCAAACUGAUGCCUCCUCUCCAUGAAGGAGCUGGCUUAUCACUGCCUCAGCUGCUGUGAUGGCUGUGAAUAUUAGAUGCUGUGGUGUUGCACCAGGAAUGCAGAAGUUCUGCAGUGACCUCUGCUGUUUCAACCUUGCCUCAUAACUUCAGAAAAUAAGUCAGUACACUGCAAAAACACAGUUUUUUGUCUAGUUUCUAGUCAAAUAAAACAGAAUUAACUUACAAAUAACUUUUUAGCAAGAUACAGGAGACUGUUUUAAGUCAAUAAUUUCUUAAUAUUGUUUUUUUUUUAAGUACUAGUUCUACUGGCAGAUUAUAUCACUGUACAAUUUUAUUAAUAAGAAAUUAUUGACUUAAAACAAGCUCUUAUCUUGCUGAAAAGUUAUUGGUAAGUUAGUUUUGGGUUAUUUCAAGUGCACUAAGAUAUUUGCAUUAGAAACUUGACCAAAAAUACUUCAGAUUUUGUGUUUUUUGCUGUCUAGCAGCUAUGUGUGGCUUUACAGAGUGCCCUUUUAUAGAAGCUGGCUGUUUUCAAAACCUGGAUAAAUGGGGCUAAGUAAGGAGAGAAGAGCUGCUUCCUAACCCGUCAUUAACUGUUUAAGAGCCUCAUAUGAACCCUGUACACUUUCCAGUCCCAGCACACAUGCAGUUUCACCACAUUUCAGUGGAGAUGCACCCAUCAUACCUUCAGCAGAGGUUGUUCGGUCUAGUUCAUGUUGUUGCCUGGAUACAAAACACUGAAUUUGGCAUAUUAAUCUUAACACAAACAGCUUCUGACAGCAUGCUCUAUGUUUUCAAUCAUAUUGAAAGUAUUCACUAUGUACUCAUGCGGGAGCUCAAAACAAUAUUUACAUUUGGGCCUGUUCUCACACAUUAUGUUAUCCUCUUGCUUGCUGAUAUUGUUGCUGCUGCAGCUGCUUUUUGCAUUGUGUGUGUAUUCACAAUAAUUUAAGAAACGGAUGUAAUCAUGAGUCUUUGGACUACACGCUUUUCAGACUGUUUUGGUGAAGGACUGUUUUGUUCCCAGUUCUCUUUUAUUGUUAAGCUUGACCUCUUCUAUUAAAGUUAAUUGAAUCAUCUACUUUAGGCGCUCAGUUUAGCCCAUGAGUGAGCAUGCAAAAUUACAAAACACAUGUUUUGUUAAACAUUUCUUCAUUUUUACAUUUUUGUUUGUAUUAAUAUUUUACCUGUGGGUCAAGCUAUUUAAUAACAACUGAAAGCACAUUGAUUUAAAAUGAAAUUUUGUAAAUGGACUAAAAUAUUAGUUACCUCAAGGCAGCCCCGGCUCCAGAUGAGUUUAACGGGGGGGCAUCGGCAUAUUUUGGGGGGGCAAAAUGAAUCCACGCAGCAAUAAUAAUAUUUAUCAAGUGAAAGAAAAAGGUACAAUGCACUAAAACAACUCUUAUAAGUACCUAUUUUCCAGAAAAGUUACUCAAGUGAAUGUAACCAGUACUACCCAUAAACAACACCAAUAGCCUACAGGCCACUUGUUAACAAGCUCAACCUGCUGUAUUGGUAUUAGCUAGUCAUCUUUUAGAUUACCUGCAUCCAACAGCAUUACUGAACUCAGUCGGUUAGUUUGGGGGAAAAACUGUGCAAAGUUCUUUGCGGUUUGCUGCCAUAAUUCUAACACACACCUGAGCAGCUCUGCACAGGUGUAAAUCCAGAGCGAGCGUCUUAGCGUUCACGUUGCGUUUAAAAGCGGCUCGGGAAAACAGGUUACCCCGUGUUAAUAAGGGAUUAAACACUGUUAACUGCUGAAAAAAGUGACAGAAGACACACAUAUGGGAAGUGCGGAAGCCCCCUACUAUAUCAAAUCGAUAUAGGAAUAAAAGAGAGUUGGCCACUUUAAGGUAAAACCAACAAGCAGCUUCCAGUCCAGGAAGGUGGGCGGGGAGGGGGACGACUGACUCUGUGGGCGGGCAAUGACCGCCCAUGCCGCCGGGCCUGCCUCGAGGUACUAUUUGACUGAACCACUGUUAGCUGUUUCCUCCCAUAACCAAGUUUUCCUGUUACCUCGGCCACUUCUUGUGUGUUUUUCUACUUUUUGAUACAAAACUGUGCCAUUUAUACAAAUUACAUCCACUAUAAGUGUUUUUUUUUCCUAAAAAAUGAGUAGAACUAACGACUCUGAAGUACUCCAUGUAAAUGAGGGAAAGUAUUGCCCCCCUGGAGUCAGAUUGUGCCUUCAGUCCUCACUUUAAAAUCGAAAGAAAGAAAGAAUUAUAAGACAUAACAAAAAGCCUAAAGGUUGACUUAAAUGUGAGUGAUUUCAAAAUGUGUCACGUCUUCUCUGCAGUCUUUGAGAGCUCCAAUAGAGAACGUCAGGUAUGCAGAAUGAUCAGGUAUUCCUGAAUGAUUUGAGCAUGCAUUGCUCAUUUUGAUAGUAGCAGCAAAGCUGACUUUAUUAAUACAGCAAGCUUAAAAUGAAUAAAACUGAAUAAAAAAAUAAUUGAGAGUAGUCAUGAAAUACUUAAAAAGCAGAACAUUGUACAAGUAACAUUAGCAAGAAGAAAACAUGACAGACAUGAAGAAAAUCAAAAAUUAGAUUAACAACGUUACACUAAAGCUAAAGGAAUGAGAUGGGUCUUUAGAGCAGAUUUAAAAAUGUGGCUAGUGAAGAGGCCUUUCAAAUUUCUAUAAUUUGGUAGCUUCAAUGGAAAAAGCCUUUUCCUCCUUAAAUGUUUUUUUUUCUGUGUCCUUGGCACCUCAACUGCAGCUGAUUAGCUGAUCCGCCUGGCCAAUAAGGAGAUUGCUAGCACAUAAUUUGAAGAUGAACUGGGAACAUGAACCUCAAGCCAAGGAUUCAACCUCAUCACACCCACACCUGGCUCUGAGUACCAUAAUUUAUUAUAUUUACUUACUAAAAAAAUAUUUCAGGCUUUACAGCCUUGGUGUGAUUGUUUGCAACUCCACAGCAAGGCUGAAUCUGGUCAUGAAAGUGCAGAAUCUUAUUCUUUGUGUAAUAAAACUAUGUAGACUGUUAAAAAAUAUAUCUUUCACCUUGACACUAAAAUACGGUUUUCCAAAUUUAAUACAGUAGGGAUGGUGUUUCUGGAGGUUACGGGGGUGAUACAUUUGUAAUUACACAUCAACCAGUCAAAAAUGUAUAAUUCCUCUUAAAUCCAGUCAGUCUUCAUUCUUCAAGAAAUAUAAAUAUAGCAUCAAGAAAUGUUAAUGGUAAUCUUCCUUUUUGACAAAGAAGUGAAACUCUGUUAAAAGCUGAAAAAUAUUUGAUAUUCAUAACAAAGGUUACUUUUGUUAUAAACUGAAUGGUCUAUGGCACAUGGAGGUUUCGACGUCUGGCCAAUCCAUUUUGUUUAAAUCUUUCUCAUUUUAUUUUGAAGAUUAUUUUGGUUUUACUUGAGCAUCCAGUCCAACUCAUAGUUGUCCAGUUUAUUGGAAGUUGAGCCAUGAUUAGUUUCUCUGCAGGUUCUUUCUGUGUAGCUGAUGGUAUUUUAUUAUUAUUAUUAUUAUUAUUUUUACGGUUGAGCCUGAAUGAUGCCUGCUUAUGUGCAGGAAAAGCACUUGUUUGUUAUUUUGCUCUGUCUAUUUUGAGCACUUCAGGGAAAUGAAAGAACUGAAAGAGUCAUUGCUGAUUAGUUUCAUCUCCCUUUUGUGUUAUUUUACAAAUUCUUAUACAUCUUAGAAGAAAACAAUGCAUCCAGUGUGUCUUAGCUGAAUCUGAGAGAGCUGCAAGUUUGCUCUUCUCAUGAAAUUAUAAUACUUUGGGUGUUUCUCAAGCUGUUUUGUUCCUUCCUUUGACUGUCUGAGCAUCUUUAACACAUAUUCCUGACAUUUUUAAGAGUCUAACUGUUAUAUUUAAAGGUAUAAUUCAAUUCUAAUUAUUAUAUAAUUAAUUUUGCAGACUGGAAUUGCAUAAACCUAUUAAUCAAAUUCUCAGGUUUUCCUUUUGUUUAGAUUUUGUGACAUCUAGUGGUAAAGCUGAAAAUUGCAACAUCCUGAAACGCUUCAUCUUACCUUCUUUGUGCCAUAUAUUUUCCCAUAUUUCAUUCAUUAAUAUAUUACUUUUACUGGACUACGCUGGGAUGUUUUAAAUCUAGCCAACCAUGUAGUUCACUGUAAUAUUAAUUACAUUAAUUACAUUCUGAUUUUCUUGUUUUGCGUUUAUCGUAGAUAUGUGCCUGUGUGAUAUGUUUUCAAGAUUGUUUCUAUUUCUUUUUU